AUCGCAUACUGUGUUUCAACUCAAUAGAAAAAUUAUAGAUCAAAGUCGUGUUAUCAUUGCCACAAGGAUCCCCCGUGACUGCAUAGAACAGGAUGUGGCAAAUCAGAUCUAAUGGACAAUGACCAUCAUCUAGGAUGUCAAGCAUAUCACACGAGAACCUACGAUACGAAUGAAUGUUCAUCGGCUGGACUCCCGCUGACUCCGUGCUCUAUACGAAUUCAUGGACGGUUCCAAAGACUCAUCAAAUUGCGUCAUCCUCGAUUAUGUAACUACAUUGAUUGUUCACGGUCGGGUAACGAAGACGUACUUUUUGUUUUGGAACAUGGAAAGAACUGGCUUAAGCCAGAUAAAUUUGAUUCCAGUGAUGUUUUGAAACACUCUUAUCAGAUCUUGCAAGGCCUGGAUUACCUGCAUAGUCAAAAAAUUCCUCAUCACUGUCUUGACUGGAACUGUCUCAAUAUUUCAAGUAGUGGUGAUGUUAAAUUAGCAAAUUAUGCGAUACAUUAUGCCUCGCUUGGUGGAGUGAUGGUUUCUGCUCCAAUAGACGUACCAAGAUUCCUUCCUCCGGAAACCGUCAUGAGCCAUAGUAUGGCCCAUGAAGCACCAAUUCCUGAAUCAGACCUAGAGUGGAGCGGAUCUGACCACUCGUAUGAUGUUUGGACAUUUGGCCUUCUGUUACUCGAAAUGACUUUUAAGGUGCGUCUUUGGGAGUUUUUAAGCUUGAAGCAAAUAUUUUCGAAAUUGAUACUCCUUUUCGACGCGGACUCAGACGACGAAGCGUUACUUGAUGACAUCUUGAGGAGCAACAAGAUCGACGAAGCCUUUGCAAAAUUUGAUCCAGUCGUACAAAAUGUUGUGCGAAAUUGUCUAAAGCGUAAUCCAGCAAAUCGUUCAACAUGCAAAGAAUUGAUGACGCUCUAUCCGGAGUCUCUGAGAAUCAAGCUAUUAUUAACUGGAUAUAAUGUGCAUGAUAACAAAGUUGCUCUGUUUGAAGAAUUUCGCCAACCAGUUGUUGAGAUUUCAAAACUGCCUUUAAAACCACUAACGACCGAAAGUUUCAUUUAUACUCGUCAUUCAGAUGAAAUAUUCCAUUUAUGGAAACUAGCAGGUGGGAAUCUGGCAAAGGAGAUGCAGAAACAAGGUCUACUGAAACAGAUCUUCCAGAUAUGCAGGUUCCCAAACUGUAUAUCAAAUGACGGUGUCUAUCUUGGCAACGAGUUCUCGAGAAUUUUAAAGGCGAAUGACCGAAUCAUAGAGUUGAGUAUCGAAUCUUUACAAAGUAAAUUAUCAUCGGUGUCUAUGGAUACAUUUUUCCCUUUGCUGUGCUUCUCGAGCCAAUCAGUUAUAGCAGCGGGCGGUGAUUUCGGGAUGCGAUGCUUAGGAUCGAACAUCAAAGAAGUCGACGUUGAGUAUCAACUAAAAAGACUUGUAAUGUUCCACAGGUUGAUUAGAGCGUUUCCUGUAACGAAAAAACUUCUGUACAAGGAGGCUUUUACGGAUAUUCCUGCCUAUUACAGAAACUUUAUAUGGGCUGCGCUUUUGCAUGUUAACUGUAGUGCUACAUAUAUGAUGAAAGUUAACUCGAUGUUAGACAGUAUCGACUUCUCCGUGGAGUUGCCAAGUGACAAGCAGAUCGACGUUGACAUACCAAGAUGUCAUCAAUAUCACCCCCUAUUAUCCUCGCCCACAGCCCACGGGGCUCUGAGAACUGUGAUCCGGGCUUGGGUUAUUUCGAACCCAGACCUGGUCUACUGGCAAGGCCUGGACUCAUUAGCGGCCCCUUUCGUAUGUCUACAUUUCAACAAUCCUGCUCUUGCAUUUUCUUGUCUAUCUCAAUUUAUUAAAAAGUACUUGUAUAAGUUCUUCUUGGCGGAUAACUCGGCGAUUAUUCAAGAAUUUCUUGCUUGUUUCUCGCAAGUUAUAGCAUUCCACGAUCCAGAACUAUUUUACCAUUUACACGAACAGAAUUUCUCGCCAAAUCUGUACGCUAUGUCAUGGUUCUUAACAGUUUUUGCUCACACCUUUCCCAUGGGCAAAAUCUAUCAUUUGUGGGAUACUUUAAUACUGCAAGGACCCUCUUUUCCUCUAUUCAUGGGUGCAGCCAUUUUGGAAUUGUUACGAUCUCAACUGCUUGCUGUAGAUUUUGAUGGUGCAAUUCUAUUGUUUUCCGAUAUACCUGAAAUUGAAGUAGAGUCUAUUAAGACUCUUUCAUUACAGCUUUCGGUGUCAACGCCCCCAAGUUGUUUAUUUCGGAACUGGGUGAACCCCGAUCUAUAUCAUACACAGUUCUUGCCGAGUGACAACUUAACCCGUAUACAAUCUAAAUGUAGCAUUGAUUACCCGUUAUCUGAACGACAAUUAGACUGGUGCCCGAGAAUUCACGCACACGAUGUGAUCGUACUUAUCAAGUUGAGAGACGAAAGCUCAUCAGGAGAUAAUCUGAUUCAAAACUCAGAAAUGAAAUUGUCCAAGUUUGUUAUAAUUGACGUGCGGUCAAAAUCUGAGUUUGACAGAGGUCACUUGCCAGAAAGCGUGAACAUAAAUUACGGAGAAAUGAUGCAUGAAGAUGAAGUCAAGGUCAUUGCGCUAAUAACCGAUCAAGUGAAGGUCGAGGAUAACAGCUUGGUCGUAGUAAUGGGUCCUUCUAAUAACGUGAUAUUAUGCAGAAACUUCACUAGUUUAUUGAUUAAGUCAUCGUACUCUAGAGUUUGUUUUGUGCACGGAGGAGCAGACGAGUUCGCUCACACAAAUUUGAUGAUUGUAAAUUAACUGUAGUUAAUAAUAAUUGCUGUUGUAGUGUAGUUAACUAAAUUUUACAGAAAAAUCUGAAAAAUAAUCUAUCGAUUCUUUACGCUUGCAAUAA